AUAAUCAGAAUCCUUGUUCAGAGUCAUCUGAUCCUGCAAAAAUUGACACAGCAUAGCUAAUAUUCCACCACAAUUCAGAAACUAUGCUGGAUUUUAAAAGGCAGCUUUAUUUUCGUGCCUUCCAUUUGAGGGAGAUUAAACAAUCGAAAAGACAGGGCUAUCAGGUCAUGAUUUGUAUGUUACAGCUGUCCGGUUAGAGUUGAUAGUCACUCUUUGCAUGGCCUGUUGACAGAUUAAAAGAGGCAGGCUAAGACUCUGAGAGUCAGAAAUGGACACUGGGGGAAAAAAAGAUUGCGAUAAAGAAAAAAACCAAAGGCUGAUGGAGUAACUCACUAGAAAUUGUAGCACUUCUACUCAAGCCACAGAUACAAUCUUAAAAAAAUCACCACCACCACAACAACAAAACAAAGAGAAGAAAUUGGAUGAGCAUGUUACAGAUUUGAAGGAGGAACCAGAAUAAAGUGUAUAUUUACUGUUCUACUUCAGGAAACUGGACUGAGUCUUCUUCAAAGUGGGAAACAAGCAAAGCAGAAUGACAGGUAAUCGGCUUCUGGUGCUGAGUGUUGUCCUCAUAAUACACAUGGCUCAUGGGUGUCCUCAAAAAUGUCUAUGCCAUAUAGCUUCAAAGACUGCAGACUGCAAGAAUAGAGGAUUUACUGAAAUUCCUGCCCACUUACCACCUGAAAUUCAGAUACUGCAGUUGCAGAAUAACCGUAUUUGGAGGAUCAACCAAAAUGCAUUUACUGGAACACCAUUGCUGAAAAUCUUAGACUUGUCUAAUAAUUCUCUCUCAAGUUUUGCACCAGGUGCUUUCCAAAAAUUACGGUAUCUACAGGUUCUAAACCUAACUAGAAAUUUGAUUCAUUAUAUAGAAAACAAGACUUUCAGCUUCCUCCCACACCUCAAAGAACUGGACUUGUCAUCCAACAGCAUUAUACGUCUGCCUGAGACUUUUGGAAACAGCACAGGGAAUAUAACAUUACUGUCAGUGAAGCAUAACAAGCUUCAGAAAAUGGAAAGAGUUCUGCUGGAGUCACUUCCAAACCUGAAAGUUGUUCUUUUCAAGGAUAAUCCCUGGCUAUGUAAUUGCAACGUCUUUGGCCUGAAACUGUGGUUGGAGAGUUUUCUAUACAGAGGAGGAAUAAGUGAUGGCAUCAUCUGUGCAACACCAGGGAUUCGGAAAGGCAAGGACCUCCUCAAAGUUCCUUACGAGCUGUUUGGGGCAUGCCCACUUACGACAGCUCACGCUCAUCUGGCCACCACUCAUCACCACAGCUUUGAGCACAGGAGUUCUCUGAAGCACUCCCAUCACAACGAACAUGGGGAAAACAGCAGGCCAAGUUGUGAACCCAAACCAAAGCCAAGGCCUGUUAGUUUGCGUCAUGCAAUUGCCACUGUAGUAAUAACUGGAGUUGUCUGUGGAAUUGUGUGUCUAAUGAUGUUGGCAGCUGCUGUUUAUGGUUGUGCCUAUGCUGCAAUUACUGCUAAAUAUCACAGAGAACAUUUGGCCCCUGCAAGACAGCAUGGGACUUCUGAGGAAAAAGAGCCAUUUGAUAGCUCCCUGGCUUGAGUUACUUUUGUGUUUGGUUUCUUGAAAGUAAAGAGCCCUCACCUCAGUUUAAAAGCCUGGAACCUAAAUAGGAUUGGUUUAAUAGUAAUGACUGCUUUUCUUUGCUUUUUCACAUUAAAGAAAUUUUGUGUGUGUGUGUGUGUGUGUGUGUGUGUGUAUUUAUGAAGCAGAAUACAAAUGCACUUCUAUUUUGUGUUGUAUAUUCUGAAGCCACUAUGUAAGGCUGAAUGCAUGAGAGAAUGAAAUUUUUACACAGUCAUUUCCAAGUAUUCCAUUCAUUAUUCCUAGCUCUUGAUGUAAUAUUGGGAUGACAUAUGAGCAAUGGCAACCUACACUUAGCACUCAACAUGAGUGAGUUUUCUGCAAAGAAAAACACAAAUAGUUGCAAAUGAUGAGAGUUUAGGAUUUUAGAACACCUGAUUUGUAUUCAGAAACAUAAUCUGUAAUCAGUUUUAGAACUGGUUGGUCUAUACACUGAUAAUUUAGAAAACUGUUAUAAAAUUUCCAAAUACAUAUUUUUCUACCUUCCAAUCUGCCUCUAUUAUGAAGUCUAGAAAGCAGUAAGUACCUUGUUGUCUAUCAUAUUUCAUUUUUAAAGUACUUACAAGAAAGACGGAAGAGAGCUGAGAAAUCACAGGAGGAGGUAGUAAUGUUACACUGUGCUUCAGGUACAGACACUGAGAUAAGCAUACGCUACAUAAAUGAAGAGACACUACCUAUUGUCUUAGUGGGAUACAUGCUUGCUACAGACAUUUCUGAAACUCCUUAAUCCAAAAUCUACACAACUAUUCAGUUUUGAAAAUGUCAGGACUACAGAUGGAGUCCUGAUCACAGCGCUGCCCUUCAGCAGGGAGGAUCACCUAGCUGCAUGUUUGCACAUCCUCAAAAAGAAAGCAUUCAGAUGAAUUAAUUCAAGGGUCUGCCCUUUUUGCAGCACUGUUCUGCUGUCAGAGGA